CUUGCUAGCAUCUUGAGCUUGAGGGGGGAAAUGUGCUCGACGAUGGUCACUGUUGCUCCCGGGGAGGAAGGGAAGCCACUGACGGCUAAGGCAUUCGCUGAGUUUACCGCUAAGUGCCGAAAGGACAGAAACAAAGUGACGUUGAAGCCGGUGACUACAAAACAGCCAUCGGUCACCACUACAAUUUCGUCAUUAACAACUUCGGUGCCACCUUUGACCACCGAAAUUCCGUCAACGACAGCAGAACCACCGUCAACAGCAACUUUGAUGCAACCACCGACCACCAAUUUUCGACAAACGACACUAACGACAAAGGUCUCAACCACACCCUUGGCAACACCAUGCUUCUCGAUACAGACAAAAUCCAAUGGCGUAAAACGAAUCCCCGAAAGUCGAGACUUCACAUCAUAUCCCGUGGUUCUGCUUUUUACUCUCCAGAACCCUGCCAGCAAUUUGAUUGAGCUACGUUUUAUGGAUGCUGGUGGAGAUGAAAUAUACACUAUGCGUAAGUUUCCAUGUUUAUUUAGCUAAUUUGGGUUGUUUCCGCGGCGCAUGGUUCGCCUUUGGAAUAAAUGUAGUAAUUUGGUACAAGACGAUUUUGCUGACAAUCUCUCACUCCUUCCUCCCCGCCGCGCACACUACGAUCGUCUUGCACCAAGACUACAUUUUUCAGAACGUAGCGAGAACGAGUUCGGUGUGAUGGGGGUACUAUGAAGAGUAUGGUGAAAUCGGCGGCAGUGCCCUUUAAAGAAACCCACCAUAUUCAAUUCUUAUGAGAUAUUCGCUUUUUUUUUCUUCCAGAGGUGAGAAGAGGGACCAAAGAUUCAACUAUCGAAUCUGCAGCUGCAGUAUUUAAUACCGAAUUCGACGCGUCGAUUAUGUUUCGGAUGUC